AUGGCUCCGGCCUUGGAAGCCCAGGUUCCACAAGAGGCAGAAUCUGUGCCACAGAACAACAACUUCUUGAACAGUGCCAAUGAUGCCACACACAGAUCCAGAGUCACUGUUAUUGGAAGUGGCAACUGGGGCAGUGUUGCAUCUAAGCUCAUUGCCUCCAACACCCUCAGGCUUGCCUCCUUUCAUGAUGAAGUGAGGAUGUGGGUGUAUGAGGAGACAUUACCGAGUGGUGAGAAGCUCACAGAUGUUAUCAAUCGAACCAAUGAAAAUGUCAAAUAUCUCCCUGGAAUCAAACUUGGCAAAAAUGUUAUUGCAGAUCCAGACCUUGAAAAUGCAGUGAGGGAUUCCAACAUGUUAGUAUUUGUGACUCCACAUCAAUUUAUGGAAGGAAUAUGCAAAAGGCUUGUUGGGAAAAUAAGGGAAGAUGCUGAGGGCAUUUCCCUUGUUAAAGGGAUGGAGGUGAAGAUGGAAGGCCCAUGCAUGAUCUCUAGUCUAAUCUCCGAGCAACUGGGAAUCAAUUGUUCUGUUUUAAUGGGUGCAAACAUAGCAAAUGAGAUAGCUGUAGAGAAGUUUAGUGAAGCAACUGUUGGAUACAGGAACAAUAAAGAAGUUGCUGAGAGAUGGGUUCAGUUGUUUUAUACUCCCUAUUUCAUUGUGACAGCUGUUCAAGAUGUUGAAGGAGUUGAACUGUGUGGAACUUUGAAAAAUGUUGUGGCCAUAGCAGCAGGUUUUGUUGAUGGCCUGGAGAUGGGAAAUAAUACAAAAGCUGCAAUCAUGAGACUUGGUCUUAGAGAAAUGAAGGCAUUUUCAAAGUUGUUGUUUCCAUCUGUUAAGGACAACACCUUUUUUGAGAGCUGUGGCGUAGCUGACCUUAUCACAACAUGCUUGGGUGGAAGAAAUAGAAAAGUUGCUGAGGCUUAUGCAAAGAAUGGAGGGAAGAGGUCUUUUGAUGAGCUUGAAGCAGAAAUGCUACAAGGCCAGAAAUUACAGGGUGUCUCAACUGCGAGUGAGGUUUAUGAGGUUCUAAGCCAUCGCGGGUGGCUAGAGUUGUUUCCUCUCUUCUCAACAGUGCAUGAGAUAAGCUCUGGCCUACUUCCACCAUCAGCCAUAGUUGAAUACAGUGAGAAGCUACCUAGGUCCUUCUAA